GUAUCCUCUCUCUCUUUCUCUCUCUCUCUCUCUCUCUCUCGAUCAACACAUUCACCUAAACAUCUCAUAGUCCGAUAGUCGAAAGUUUCUGAAUUUAACUGAGAAUCUUUUAUGCUACGCGUGGUUCUGGCUUUUCCUUUUUUAAAGGUUGCUUUUGUUUAGAAAAGCUGUGAAUUUGAACCUUAUUGAAUUUCUUAGAGGCAAUUCGUAUACAACGUACUCGAGAUAUUCGAUUUUGACAGAUUCUUCCGUCGCUUCUCUUCAUGAAAUUGACAUGUUUGAGCAAAGGAGAUGGCUUUCAUUAUCCGCCUUGUCACAUGCUGAAUCUAUGCGGUUUCAGGAUUUUGAUUGACUGUCCUUUGGACCUUUUGGCAAUCACAAUUUUCUCUCCUUUUCCAUAUGAUGUGCGUUUUGAAGCUUCUGAAUAUCCAUCAGAUGUGCCUCUGGAUGCUCAGAGUCCAACUCAAAAGAAGCAAAAACUGGAAAGACAGAUGACUCCUGAUGAUUUGGUGUGCGCAGAACCAUGGUACAAAACUGUCAAGGCCUUGCAUUUGUGGGAGGCUUCUUUAAUUGAUAUUGUUCUCAUCUCCAACCCUAUGGGAUUGCUCGGAUUGCCACUCCUUACCCAAAACCCGAGAUUUUGUGCCAAGAUAUACAUGACUGAAGCAACAGCAAAGAUUGGCCAGCUCAUGAUGGAAGAUCUUGUCUCGAUGCACAUGGAAUUCAGACGCUUCUAUGGACCUGAUGACUCCAGUUUUCCGUGGUGGACAAAGAAUUUGGAUGGUGAAGAAGUACCAGCCUUGCUUAAGAAAGUUGUCUUUGGCGAGAGUGGUGAUGAUCUGGGCAGUUGGAUACGUCUGUAUAGUUUAGAUGACAUAAAGAGUUGCAUGAAGAAGGUUCAAGCUGUAAAGUUUGCAGAAGAAGUUUGUUAUAAUGGGACCUUGAUCAUUAAUGCCCUAAGUUCAGGUCUAGAGAUUGGGGCUUGCAACUGGUUGAUCAACGGACCUAAUGGAAGCCUAAGUUAUGUGUCAGACUCCAUCUUCGUUUCACCUCAUGCGAAAAAUUUCGAUUUCCAUCGUCUCAAAGGAACCGAUGUAAUGAUUUACUCAGAUUUCUCAUGCCUGCAAACCGCAGAAGUGACUGAGAAUGGUUGUAAUUCUCCUGACCAGGAUAAUAAUUCAACAAUCAGCAGUGACAAGAAUGAUGAGAACUUGGCAGCUUCGUUACUAGACACUGAAGAAAGCUUAGAAGAGCUGGAGAAAUUAGCUUUUGUUUGCUCAUGUGCUGCAGAAUCUGCGGAUGCUGGUGGCUCAACUUUGAUAACGAUUACUCGAAUUGGGAUAGUUCUGCAGCUCCUAGAGCUUAUGUCAAAUUCUCUUGAAUCCUCGUCUCUAAAGGUUCCAAUCUUUGUAAUAUCUUCUGUGGCAGAAGAGCUAUUAGGAUACACAAACACCAUACCAGAGUGGCUGUGCGAGCAACGACAAGAGAAGUUGAUUUCAGGAGAACCAUCAUUUGGCCAUUUUAAAUUCAUUAAAGACAAGAAGAUCCAUUUGUUUCCGGCCAUUCACUCACCCAACUUAAUAACCAGUUGGCAGGAACCAUGUAUCGUGUUUGCUCCUCACUGGAGUUUGCGACUUGGUCCGUCUGUCCAACUUCUUCAGCGUUGGCGUGGAGAUCCAAAAUCGUUGCUUGUUCUUGAGGCCGGGAUAAGUUCAGGUUUAGGACUUCUCCCCUUUAGACCGAUCGCGAUGAGAAUUCUCCAAUGUUCAUUUCUUUCUGGAAUAAGGUUGCAGAAGCUGCCAACACUUCUUUCCGUUUUGCAGCCGAAGAUUGUUUUGGUCCCUGAUGCUUUCAAUGGGAGGAUAAAUCAUACUGAGAUGAAGCCAAUCCCAAUGCUGACAUACUCUGAGAACAAGACGCUACGUGUGCCAAGAACUGCAGACAAUCCAGACGUAGAGAUAAUGGCAGAGUUGGCCUCCAAAUUGAGCUGGAGAAUACUGAGACAAGGUGAAAACUUUGGUCUUGCAAGACUGAAAGGUGAACUUCUGAUGGAAGGUGGAAAGCAUAGACUAGUUUCCGGGUUGGAGCAGGAAGCAAGUUCAGGGAAGGCUACGGGAUUGAGACAUUGGGGCUCAGUGGCUCCGGAAACACUUUUAGACUCGUUAGUGAAGAUGGGUAUAACCGGAUCCAUAGAACACAGCACAGGUGGGAAUGGUUCAGAAGACAAGUGUGUAAUCCAUAUAACCAAUCCUAGCAGUGGCUUUAUAGAGACCUCAGAUAUUGGUACUGCUAUAAUAACAGACGAUAAGAAUGUAGCCUCUCAGAUCUUCCAGGCGAUUGAUGGAAUUCUUGACGGAAUUUAG